UCUACUUGGCUUUGUCUCAAGGGAUGUCAAGAUGGAGAACUUUGGUGUUCACAUAACAAAAGAUCAUCGUCUGAAAUUCUACGUUUAUGACUUUGAAUUGUCUCAAAAAUACAAGGAUAUUGAAUCGGGUAAACCAACUGUUCAGAAAAUACGCGGUUCAAAGGGUUUUGGCACAGCAGAAUCUGCCCCAUUGGUACAAAUGACUGGAUCUAGGCGGACUUUUCCUGUUGACGAUGUUGAAGGAUGGUUUUAUUGUUUAUAUCACAUUUUAUGUGGCUCGAUUCCGUGGGAUAUCGGAUGGCCUGAACCGGAAUUCCGUAGAUCUACUUAUGCGACGACGUAUUCGGGGAUUCGUUAUACUAAACAAGAAAUGCAUAAAACUGGAAGAAUUUAUUGUGCAAAGAAAUACGAUUGUCUAAUGAGUGAAAUCUUCAAUGUAAUCCUCAAAUGGUUGAAAACACCAGAAGUAGUAGAGGCGCGUUUCUAUGAUGAGAUAUGCUCAAUUUUGAAGAGAGGAGUGUACAACUGUGGAAAAGCUGAAUUGAUGGAUUGCAGCAUUCACUGCUCGAAGCAUUAUAAGAAGCAUCAACGUCAUGAAGCUUAA